CUCCGCGAUGCAGGUAAGAGCCCCUAAGCGUAGAGGAGGCCUCGGCGCCCGCAGGUGAGAGCCCCUCCCCUCCUAGGUGACCCUCCACCUUCACGGCGAGGCCUCCUGCCUCCUCCAGGUGGGGGACACUCUCCCCGAUGAACCCCCUAAACCACCAGUGAACCCCACUGCUCUCCAGAUGAGUUCGCAAGGACCAACCAGUGCCUACCCGCCCAUGCUCCCCCGAAACUGGGAACUGACAGCCCAGCCCCUCCAAAGCCCCUUCCUCCAGCUUCAGCUGCCAGGUCAGCAAGGGUGAGGCCGGAAGCAGGCGGGUGACUCACCCUGGGCUCCUCCGAGCCUCAGUUUCCCCAUCGAUGCAACCUGAGGCCUCCUCACUGAGUCAAAACCGAGACGCCUCUGGUCCCCGGAGAGGCUGCUGGCUCUGGGGAAAGGAGAGAGCAGCCGAGUGUGACAGAGCGAGUCCCCAUGGCUCUGGGAGUGCCUCGCAUGUGUGUGGCCCAGGUCCUGACAGCCCACCUACUCCCUCCCCGGCAGGCACUGGGCUCCCUCUGCUCCCCGUGGGCCGCUCCCCGCGUGGGGCCACUGCCCACGGCCCCCGCCAUGGUGCGGAUUUCAAAGCCCAAGACGUUUCAGGCCUACUUGGAUGAUUGUCACCGGAGGUAUAGCUGUGCCCACUGCCGCGCUCACCUGGCCAACCACGACGACCUCAUCUCCAAGUCCUUCCAGGGCAGUCAGGGGCGUGCCUACCUCUUCAACUCUGUGGUGAACGUGGGCUGCGGGCCAGCCGAGGAGCGGGUACUGCUGACUGGCCUCCAUGCUGUCGCCGACAUCCACUGCGAGAACUGCAAGACCACUUUGGGCUGGAAAUAUGAACAGGCCUUUGAGAGCAGCCAGAAGUACAAAGAGGGGAAGUACAUCAUUGAACUCAACCACAUGAUCAAAGACAACGGCUGGGACUGACCCCCGAUCCCCGACACAUGUGGCUCCAGCCCAGCCUGGCCGCCAGGGAGGGCCACCGGCUUCCCUCCGCCUGAAGGGAGCUCUGGACCCUUAGGGCCCCUGCAGAGGACGGAUCCAGCUCCUGUAUAUAUAUUUUAUUGCAUGCACUGUGACCUUGGGGGGAGAACAGAAGGGGGACGACGCCCCCGCACCUCCUGCGAUCUGGCUGGCUUGGAUCUCGUUUUUAACCCGUUCCUGCCCCACCUGCCCUAUAGUUAUGGCCUGUGUUCUGCUCUCCUGGCCCCAGUGCACCGUCUGCUCUGUGAACUCCUCCCACCAGGCCCUUCUUACCCCACGCGUGUCUGUCCCCCUCGUUCUGUAGCGUUUGUACAUAAUAAAACAAUGGAGUGGAGACA